CAAAAGUAUAUAAAAAGUAAUAAAGACGAACCGCCAAACAUAAGCUUGCUUUCAAAAUAUUAACAGCAUGACGGAGAACAAGGAUAAACACGGCAAUGCCGGCGAUGGAAGUAGCUCAGAAGUUGCACACACAAACACAGCCACACACAGCACAGCCGGCAGCAGCGCCAAAACAAAAUCCAAGGAUAAAGAAAACGAUAUCGAAGUGACGGUUGGCGUGGCGGAUCAGCAACAUGAAAAGGCCGAGGAUAAGGACACAACAACAACACAAGACAGGCACAGCUAUAAAGACGAGUACGGCACCCAAAAAGUUUACAAAAAGACUUCACCAAAUUGUGUACUCACUCUCUACUUGCCCUCACGUGAGAUCACACUCUCCGGCAAUAGUCCGGCCAUAUUGCGUGGCAUUAUCUAUGUGGAUCCAAAGGCUAUACAAGGAUAUAGAGUUUAUGCUCAAUUGACGUUGACAUUUCGUUAUGGUCGUGAAGAUGAAGAGGUUAUGGGUUUACGUUUCUGUAAUGAGGCGAUCAUGUCGCUACAUCAAGUGUGGCCAAGGAAUGAGGAGCCAGCGCUGGAGUCACUCAGUCCGUUGCAGGAAGCAUUGGUGAAGCGCCUUGGUGAUGGCGCCCAUCCAUUCACACUCACCUUAACCCCACAAGCUCCACCGAGUGUACAAUUAGUGCCAGCAAAACGUUACCAUGGCUCACCGAUCGGCACCAGUUAUGAUGUGCGAUGUUUUAUCGCCGAUAAAACGGAUGAAAAAUUUCACAGACGCGCCUCAGUCAAAAUGAGCGUACGCGUUAUCUAUCGCACCGAUGUGUAUCAACAAUCGAAUGAAGCGGAGAAUUUUACUGCACUCAUCAAUAAUCAAGGCACCACCUCACCACCACCACUGACGGCUGCGGCUACUUAUCCACCAGCAAUAGCGGCGAAUAGUAAAUCUGAAAAUAGUAAUCCUUCACCAGCCUUAACCUCACUGUUGGGUGGCAGCGGCAGCGCUGAGAGUAAUGCCAGUUUGGAUGGUCCGAGCAGUGCGUCUCUUACUGGCAGCGAACGCGUACAACCGGCGGCAGCAGCACAAUCUCACGCCAAACCCCGCAAAUCGGAACGCGGUGACUCGUUUCCUAAACUGCGUCUCUCGCCGAAGACUUUUCGCUUUAGCGGUCGCUUUGGUCGUAGUAAAAGCGAAGUUGAGAAAUGUCCCAGCGAUCAGUUUUACAACUACAGUAAAUCAUUUCAAGAGUAUGAUUGCGCUGCUACUGCCGGUGCCGGCGCUGGUGCUGUCGGCGUUGAUGGUAUUAGUGGUGGUGGCAUUGCGGCCCCACAAACCGCCUCACCAGCUGAUGUGCAUGUAGCUGCCGUAUCGACUGGACCGCAAGGUUCGGUGGAUAAACCAUUUCUCUUGCAAGACGGACGUGUUGCGCUGCGAGCGAGCCUCGAUAAAGCUUGGUAUACGCAUGGCGAGGAUGUCUGUGUGACGGUGAACAUCAAGAAUGACAGCCGCAAGACGGUGCGAAAAGUGCGGGUUUCAGCCAUCCAACAUGUCGACGUCUGCAUGUUCAGCAAUGGUAAAUUCAAGAAUAUUGUCGCCGACUCCGAUACCAGUUCGCCCGUAGACCGUACUGUGCCGCCCGGCGGUACCUUGAACACCACAGUCGUACUCAAACCAAAACGUGGACAGACGAAAAAUUGGAUUGCGCUCGAGGACACACUGCAGCGCAGCACCGAACCCGAGGAGGUGCCCGGCGUGAUUGCAGCCUCAGCAAUACGUUCACCAAAUAUAAUACUCGCACACGGCAAACUCAUGAAUCCGUGUCCCAGUCCCGCUAUGGGCAUACCACAACCUAGCAGCUAUCACGCACACGGCACACCCGCCACUGCUGGCGAUGAUCGCAACAUCUUUGCCAUCUAUGUUUCCUACUAUGUGAAGGUGAAACUGUCCUUAAGUCCGAUUGGUGGUGAGCUGUCGCUAAAAUUGCCCUUUGUCUUGGUGCAUGUCGAAGAACCAGCACAAGAACAGCAGCAUAAAAUGGAACCACUCGCACUGAACGAUGUACCAGCGGGUAAACGAAAUGGCAAUAAAACGAAAAAUGACACGGCCGCCAGCGCAGAUACUGGGUUGAGUACUGCGACGCGUAAAGAUGACAACGGACGACUGAGUGCCCAUGCACACCAACUCGACCGCAUCGAGUCGGUGGAUGAUGAAUCCAUACGCUUACCGGUGCCACAGCUAACCAACACGGCUAGUGGAAUCAGCAACAAAAGAAAGCUUGUGCGUAGCGAAACACUCGCUAAGGACUUAGAUGAAGAUGAAAUUGUUGAAAAGACUGAACUCGAGAUAGCAAAAACCAUGAUCGAUACAGAGGAGGAGAGUACUGGAAAAGAAAGCGAAUUGCAUAUAGUGCAAAUACAUACACAUUUGGGGGACGGUGAAGAGCAGGAGGUAAAAGAUGGCAAGCCACAGGAGAUAAUAGAAGAUGAAGAUAUCAAUGUCAAGCAAUCGGUUGAACCACCGACUUCAGCUGAUAUAGAGCAACUCUCACAAGACGAAGCCGAGCAGUCCGAAAAACGAAGCUCGAUUUCAGCGGAAGGCGCGCCCAACGACAAUGAUCUCAACCCGCACACAACACAUGCGUGAUUCAAAUUUCUACGUGGCAUGUUUCACAAGAAACGACACACAAAAUGAGGAUUGUCUCGAAUAAAAGAAAAUUUGAAGCAGAAGGACUGAACUUUAACAAGGAAAGUCAGCCUCAUCGAUGCAAACAGAUUGUGUCUAACACAUACUGAUGGCUCAGGAAAUAUUUCAAAGUACUAUAAGGAGAAAAUCAUCAGAUCCAUAGACCUAAAGAUAAAUUUGCAAAUUUCCGUAAAUUAAAAUGAUUUUACCAAAUAUCCAAAUAUCUAAAUACCCAGGAAAUAAAAAAACAAGCCAGAAAAAGCAGCAGAAAAUUCCAGUAUUUAAGGGCAAAAAUCGUUCAAAACACAAUCAUUUGAAUUGCAAGGGUAUUGAAUUACUGAUCUAUACAUAAAUGUGUUUCAAAGAUACUAAAUUACUGACCAAAAACUACUCGUAGGAAACUUGUAUUGCUCUUAGGAAUAUCAAAAAAUUCCAAAAAAUUCCUAAAAAAAAAUAUUUCUUAGAACAGCGAAACGAAAUCCCCUGCAUUUACCAUGACCUUCAGUCAGAUUGGCAGGAUAUGGGUUAUUAAAAUAGCUUUCAAAACUAAAAUAAUACAGUAUUAAUGCAUAAAAUGACAGCUCUAGUCAAUUAUGGAAGAAGAUAAUGAGUAAAUUGUCGAAUUAUCCAUAAGCGACUCAAAUUUAAAACCAAAAUUGGCCGGCAAAAUAAUCUUUUAAAAAAAAUUCUUCUAAAAAUCAAAAUAAGGUUUCUAAAUACAAAAUCAUAGAUCUGUUUAAGGC